AUGGAGAGUGAAUGCCCUUCUGAAUGGAAGUUUUUUAGAAAUCACUGUUUUGUGUUCGAGAGUGAUGAAAAGACCUGGGAUGAUGCUGAGGGAUACUGCACUGACCACGAUGGACAUUUGGCCUCCUUUCAUGAUGAAAAUGAGUACAAAUUCAUCAGGGAACUCAUUUUGACUGCUUCUGGAACCAACACAAAAUCUUGGGUUGGAGGCACCAAGGGACAAAAUGAUGAAUGGAAAUGGACCGAUGGCUCCAUCUUCUCCUACACUCACUGGGGCGAAGGGGAGCCAAACAACGCGGGUGGACAUGAGAACUGCAUGGAUAUGAAUUGGAAUGGACAAAAUUACGUCAACGAUGAAGUCUGCAGCCAAAAAAAUGCUUUUGUUUGUGCUAAAGAAGCGUAAAUGUGUCUUUGUUGUCCCGACAACAUGGUGAUGUCACUUCC